AAUUAAAGAAGGGGAGAAAAAAAAAAAAAAUCACACCCAGAGCAAAGAGAAGCCAGGAGAAAAGAAAGAAAGAAACUAAAGCUUGCUGAGGAGGUAAGAAGCAAAUCUGAGCAACAACGAAAACGAGAAGAAGGAGAAGUAAGUUUUUCUUUUUGGAGCAGAGGGGAAUGCUGAAAUAAUGAAUUUCCAUUGAAAGUUUGGAACCGAUCGAUCUAUGGAGUCCUCGAUCUGUGUGCUGGACAAAGCAUUAAAUGCGUUAGAUCCAAGUGUUUGGGUGUGUGGCGACUGUAAUUGCCAUUUAAGUUAUUCAUUUUUUGGCUCGUCAAAUUUGAGAUCUUAAUCGCCUUCUCAACAAGCAUUUAGUUUUCUGUUGAAGAUAUAUUAUUGUACUUCAAUUCAUGGAUUUGGUUAGUAAAAUUGGCAUUAAAUUAGUUCCUUGAACUUGUGGAAGCGGGAAUCUGUGUUCCAGUUGCUGUUUUUUAGUACAGAAGGACUUAAAUUAUUUACCGUGUGAGCUAUAUCAGUUCGUGAAUAUGGGUCACUGGAUUUGGCACAAACGCUGUUUCAUGUUGGAUUAUAAGGAGAGGUUGGAGUUGUGAUUUUUGAAUUAAUUUGGCCGGUGGAGAUGCCUCCUUCUCCGGCAUUGAAAUGUUCUCCUGGGAGGGAGCUAAGAGGGGAGAAUCACAAGCGUGGGCGAAGUAUUGAGAGUGGGUUGCUUUUCAAAGAUAGCGAUGACAAUCUUGCUUUGUUCAAUGAAUUGCAGACCAAAGAAAAGGAGAGUUUUUUGCUUCAGCCUACAGAAGACUUUGAAGAAACCUUUACCACAAAUUUGAGACGCUUUUCAGAUUUCAAGCUUGGAAUUGCAAUUCCAGCUCGAGGAGAGAGUAGUGAGCCGCUUAAUGCAGACGGGGAGAAGAAUGAUUAUGAUUGGUUAUUAACUCCUCCUGACACCCCUCUUUUUCCUUCAUUGGAUGAUGAACCACCACUGGUUAAUGUUGCACGAAGGGGUAGACCACAGAGUCAACCUAUUUCCAUAUCAAGAUCAUCCACUAUGGAGAAGAGUUACAGAAGCAAUAGAGGCAGUGCAAGUCCGAAUCGCUUAAGCCCAUCACCUCGUUCUGGCAAUAAUUCAUUUCAGUCAGCAAGAGGGAGGCCGUCUUCAUCACCUCAUUCCAGUCCAACCCCUGCUUGGCGACCUGCUACUCCCACACGUAGAUCAUCUCCUCCCCCAAGUAAAACCUCAACACAUGCUCCUAGGUCUUUGACUCCAACUCCACAGAGGAUGAAUAUAGGGUCCAGAGGUUCUGUGGCUUCAUCUGUGGUUAGGGGAACUUCACCUAUAAGAACAAGCAGAGGGAACUCUGCUUCUCCAAAAAUAAGGGCAUGGCAGUCAACUGUCCCUGGAUUUUCCCUUGAAGCACCACCCAAUCUUCGUACUUCCUUAGCUGAUCGACCUGCUUCAUAUGUGAGAGGUUCAUCACCAGCAUCCAGAAAUGGGAGGGAUUCAUCUUCAAAAUUUGGCAGGCAAUCAAUGUCUCCAACUGCUUCUAGAAGUGUUAGUUCAUCCCAUAGUCAUGAUCGGGACCGAUUUAGCUCUCAAAGUAAAGGUUCGGUGGCAUCAUCUGGUGAUGAUGAUAUUGACUCUCUACAAUCUGUUCCUAUGGGUAUCUCAGACAGCUCAGUUUCAAGGAGAGUUAGUAGUUUUUCAAAUAACAGAGCUCCAGCCCUUUCUAAGAAAUCCCCUAAAAUGGUGUCUGCAAGUUCUGCUCCAAAAAGAUCCUUCGAUUCUGCUCUUCAUCAAAUGGAUCAUCGAAAGAGCCCCCAAAAUAUGUUCAGACCACUCUUGUCUACUGUCCCCCCCAGUAGCACUUUUUAUGUUGGAAAAGGCAAUUCCGCUAAUCACUCUUUGAUGUCUCGGAAUUCCUCUGUUACAACCAGCAGUAAUGCUAGCUCUGAUCAAGGUACAAUUGUUGCACAUGAUAAUGAAGGCAGUGAUCACCACCAGGAUGAUAUGACUAGUAACCAUGUGAAAGUACCAUAUCUGGAAGUUCAAGAAGAAAGCUUUGCCUUUGAUAAGGUGGAUUCAUUAGAUGAAGAAGUUGAGCAUGAAAGACAUGAUAAGUCAUCUAACCUUCAGCUUGGAGGCUUGGAUAGGGAACCUGCUAUAAAAGGUGAUCGUGAUGCCUUUGAGGAGUUCAGCUACCGUGGUAGUGAUAUGGAAACAAAUCCAACUACUAAUGAUUUGUUUGUCAGGAUUGAUUCUUCUGAAGUGGGUAGUUUCAAUAAUUUAAGACUUUGUUCAACAUGUGGCCUAAGAUAUUGUGUCACUGAACCAGUAGAAGGAGAAAUUUAUCUUUGUCCAGAUUGCAGAAAGCCAAGUGAUCUUGUUGCUGCUGCCAACCAUGAGACAACUAUAUUAGUGGCCGAGAAUUUCUUAAAGUUGUCUAAGAAUAUAUCUGACAAGAAUAAGUCAUCAGAGGAAUUAAAGCCCCCAGUUGUUGUACCUGAAGUGUCAUCACAAGUUUUUGAUUUGGUUGAACCAAGGCUUUCUGGGCAUGAAGAGAAUGCUGAGCAAAGCCACACUUCCUAUUCUGAGCAAAGUGAGAGAUACUCUCAAGAAAAUUCUCUUGCAAGGUCUGUCAUUGAGGGAGGUGAAGAAAAGCUUAAUUACCAGCAAGAGAUUGACCAACCAACUGCUGGCCAUGAUCUACCUGGUGGUAAGGACAAUGGAGGUCAACAACUGCAGCUCUCCAAAGACUAUAUAGAUAGGAAGGUUGACUCUUCAGAGGGUGCUGGCAUUUCCUUACUGCUGAAGAGGUCAAGCAGUAGCAAAGGGCCUGUUUUUCAAGGCAGGACUUUCACUGCUGCUACCAUACCUUAUGAAGAUCUGUCUUGUACAAGGGAUACUGCAAACAGUUUAAGAAGCUCCAUGGGACAUGGAAGUGCAUCUGCACCAUCCUCAGUUGAUUUCAGCUCAUCAAGACAAACCGAGUCUCGUGUACAACGGCAGUUGAGCAGCAGGAAAUCUGACACAGAGAAUCACAGAGAUGAUGUAAAUACAAAGCCUCAAAGCAUGGGAUUGUCUUUAUCUGGAAGUUCAAGCCAUAAUUAUCAGGCUUUUGGUCUUGAAAGAAGCAUAAAAGAUAUUUCAGUGAGCAAUAUGAAAUACAAUGAUGUAGAAGGGUCACCUGUCACUUUUCAAUCUGAACUGAUAUCUUCAGAAUAUAAAGAGGCAGGUGUCACUUAUACUUCAGUUCCUGAGGAAGGCAAUUUGGGAUGUAAUGAAAGUACUAGAACAAUGGAUGCUGCUACCUCAGAAUUGAAAAGCCAUAUGGCUAGCUGUCACUGUGAGCAAAAUUCAGCAGCAUCCUUUCCAAAUUAUGAAGAACAUUUAUCAUAUGAAAAUGGAGAAGACAUUCCAGAUCAUACAAGGAGUCUCUCUGAUGUAGAAGUAUCAGUUAAUACUCCAGAGUCUUCUGAUGAGGAAGAACAUACCCUGCUGAAUUCUAGCCAUGAUGCAGUGGAUAUAGCAGAAGCUCCUGGUCAAAUCUCUUUGAUGACAAUAACACAAAUAGAAAUUGAGAAAAAAUUUCAAAGUUCCCAUAGUCCACAGAGUGGAGAUGUCUCUCCCACGUCAAUAAGCAUCAUCAAUGAAUUUCAGGAACCAUCUGUUCGUCUACCUUCAGAUAAUGAUAUGUCAACUGUUCCAGAGUCCAGCCCCACAGAUAAUGCAUAUGGCAUUUUAGAGGAGUCAAUUAUUCUGGUAGAGUCUCAGGGAGGAAGCAAGGCAAGAAGCCUGACGCUAGAAGAGGCAACGGAUGCAAUACUUUUUUGCAGCUCCAUAGUCCAUGAUAUGGCCUUUCGGGCUGUAACCUUAGCAAUAGAGAAGGAAAGCUCAGUGCCAGUGGAAGGUUCCUGGCCGACAGUAACAAUAUUGGGGAAAUCUAGUUCUGAUAGAAAGAACCAACGAGGCAGGACUGCUGGUAAACACACUUCAAAAUCCCAAAAAGCAAGGCAGAGGCGGGUAGAAACGAAUGCAAAAUUACCCCCCUCUAGUGAGACUGAAAACGAUGAGAAUGCAGAUGUGUCUGUGAUUCGUAACGUUGGGCUUCCUAAUAAGGUGGAUAGCAUGGAGCCUCCAAAGCUGGAAUCCAAGUGCAAUUGCACGAUAAUGUGAAAGUCUUUCAUUCAAACCAUGUUGUUGUGUUGGUCCCUCCAGCCUUACAUAUAUUUGGGGAGGGGAUGCUGCUGAGAUGAAGAAUGGUUGUAGUUUUAUUGGUUUUGUGUUUGAAGGGCUGUUUGGAUAAUUGGCAAUUGGUUUUUGUUGGUUCAAAAUUUAUUUGUAAAGAACUCCACUGGUUGGUGGCAUAAUUGUAAAUUUGUAUUAUCAUUGGGCCGGUGAUAUUAGUGAGAGGCACUGGAGAGGGUGGUGUUUGGUCCAAACAUCAAUUUCAAGUGCUCCUACUUCGUUAUA